AUGAAGCAACUUGGAAAUAAAUCCUCUAGUGCAUCCUCUACGUCAUUCUCUGAUGUAUCGAAUGUACGUGUUUACAGUUCAAGCAGUCAACUUUCGGAACAGGAAAGACGUCGUACAUCUGUCUCUAAUGUACCCCCUGAUGUAUCCUCUGAUUUAUGUUGUGGUACAUCAAAUUUAACAGUUUCCAGUUCAAAAAAUAAAUUUUCAGAUCAGGAAGGAUCUUGUACAUCCUCUGCUGCAUCUUCUAAAUCAUGCCCUAGUACACCGAUUACAACUGAUUUUAGAUUAAAAAAUACACUUUCGAAACAGGAAGGGCCUCGUACAUCCUCUGCUGCAUCCCCUGGUUUAUAUUCUAGUACAUCGAUUAAAGUGGAUUUUGAAUCACAAGAUAAACUUUCGGAACAGGAAAGACCUCGUACACCCUCUACUGCACCCUCUGGUUUAUAUUCUAGUACAUCGAUUAAAGUGGAUUUUGAAUCACAAGAUAAACUUUCGGAACAGGAAGGACCUCGUACACCCUCUACUGCACCCCCUGGUUCAUAUUCUAGUACACCGAUUGUACAUGAUUCUAGUUCAAAAUAUAAACUUUCGAACCCUGAAAAACAUCGUACAUCCUCUGCUGCAUCCUUUGGUUCACACUCUAGUACACCGAUUGUACAUGAUUCUAGUUCAAAAUAUAAACUUUCGAACCCGGAAGGACAUCGUACAUCCUCUGAUGCAUCCUCUGAUUCAUACUCUAGUGCACCGAUUAUAACUGGUUAUAUGCCUAAGAGAAAACUUUCGGAACAGGAAGAAUAUGAUACAUCCUCUGGUACAUCGAUUGUAGCUGCUCGUUGUAUAAAUAAAUUUUUGGAACAAACAAAAUAUCGUAUACCCUCUGAUGCAUCCUCUGGUUCAUACUCUGGUGCACCGAAUGUAACUGUUCGUAGUUUAGAAAGUAAAGUUUCGGAACAGAAAGAACUUUGUAAACCCUCUGAUACAUCCUGUGAUUCAUCUUUUGAGUUAUUCUCCGAGUCAAACCCUGAAUUGACUGUAGUUGCUCAUAAUAGAAGCAGUAAACUUUUGGAAGGAAAUUGUACAUCCUCUACUGACUUCCCUGGUACAUCGAGUGCAACUAUUAGUAAUUCAAAAACUGAGUCUUUGGAACAGAAACAACAGAAGUUGGUACAAAGUUUGAGUAAAAAUACGGUUAAUAAUGUGCCCCAACAAAGGAAGGAUUCUUGCAACGAAUCGCAAAAUAAUCCUCCUUCGGUUCAUAAAAUAUUGUGCGGGGCUAUGGAAAUGAUAGAGGAGUAUGAUAUAAAGAGCACCGAAACGACACAGGAAAACUUGCCCACAGAAGCCACAAGAAAGUACACUAAAAAAGUAAAGUGGCUGCAAUUAUGCUUCGUGAAAGAACUCAUACCAAUCUUUGAGGGAAAGGAAGAAGAUGACGUAAACCAUUGGUUGGACAAAAUUUCAAUUAUUGAGCAUCAGUGCCAAAUCAAUGAAGAAAUAAUUAUGCUAUCGGCGAUUAUGCAGCUCAAAGGUCGCGCACUCAAAUGGUUUAAUCGACAGCCCUCGGAAAAGGUAAAAUAUUGGAAAGAUUUCAAGACACAAAUACAGAGUUAUUUUAAGAGGAAAGUACCAGAUACAACUAUGGUAAUAACAAUCGCACAACGAUUUUGGAAAAUACGCAAUGAAAAGUUUAUGGACUAUGCAGAGGAAAAGUUAUCUUUAAUGGAAUUGUUAAAUCUGUCGGAUCAAGAGAAAAUUGAGUUGCUUAUAGACGGAGAGGUGCGAGCGGUGUCGCUAAUUCUCUGUUUGGGAAUUCUGCUCGCGACGGUACAAAACGGAAUUGCCGAACACAGAAUAGUUUGUUAUUAUAGUAAUUGGUCAGUGUACCGACCUGGCACGGCAAAAUUUUCCCCUCAAAACAUUAAUCCGUAUCUCUGUACUCAUCUGAUCUACGCUUUCGGAGGUUUUACGAAAGAAAACACGCUGAAACCAUUCGACAAGUAUCAAGACAUCGAGAAAGGCGGAUAUGCGAAGUUCACGGGUCUGAAGACUUACAAUAAGAAUCUGAAGACGAUGCUGGCGAUCGGCGGCUGGAAUGAGGGCUCCAGCAGAUUUUCACCGAUGGUAGCCGAUCCCGCGAGGCGACGGGAAUUCGUCAAGAAUGCCGUCAAGUUCCUCAGACAGAAUCACUUCGACGGCCUCGAUCUCGACUGGGAGUAUCCGGCUUUCAGAGACGGCGGGAAACCACGAGAUAAGGACAAUUACGCCAAUUUGGUGCAGGAACUCCGCGAGGAGUUCGAGCGGGAAUCCUCGAAAACCGGAAGACCGAGAUUGUUGUUAUCGAUGGCGGUGCCCGCCGGUAUCGAAUACAUCGACAAAGGCUACGACGUGCCUAGGCUAAACGAGUAUUUAGACUUCAUCAAUCUGCUCUCGUAUGAUUAUCAUUCGGCGUACGAGCCUGCUGUCAAUCAUCACUCGCCGCUGUAUCCUCUGGAAGAGGACAACGAAUACAAUUACGAUGCGGAGCUGACUAUCGAUCACUCCAUCAGUCAUCUCUUGGAGAAGGGCGCAUCCGCGGACAAGCUCGUUCUUGGAAUACCAACGUACGGUCGAUCGUACACGUUGUUUAAUGAAGACGCAACCGAUAUCGGAUCGCCAGCGGAUGGCCCAGGAGCGGAAGGAGAAGCCACUCGAGAGAAAGGCUACCUUUCUUAUUAUGAGAUCUGCGAGGGCGUAGCGGCAUCCGAUGAAUGGGAAGUCGUUCAGCCGAAUCCUAAAGCGAUGGGACCGUACGCGUUCAAAGGCAAUCAAUGGGUAGGCUACGACGACGAGAACAUAGUCAAACUGAAAGCUAAUUACGUGAACGAGAAGAAGCUGGGAGGCAUUAUGUUCUGGUCGAUAGACAACGACGACUUUCGCGGCAAGUGUCAUGGCCGGCCCUAUCCGUUAAUCGAGGCUGCUAAGGAAGCUUUACUUAUGGACAAUAGCAGAAAUACGAUCGACAAGACGAAAUCAAUAGACAGUCGAAAGAAGACCCGCACUCGCACUCAAGGUGCUCAGAGCAAUGCUGUCGCUCGUAAGUCAAGUACGAACAGCCGAAGAAGUAGUACUACGUCGGCUCCGAUCAGCACUAAGCGUGUACCCUCUUCAAGACCGAAGUAUCGUACCGCUUCGAGGACGAAAACGAGCGACGAGGAUCAGGAAGAUCGGGAGGUAUCGAGGAGAUCGUACGAUCCGUCGACGGACGAGGAUACAGAGGGUAAAAACACCGUCAGAAUCACGGAGAAGACCGAGCAACCGAAAAAUCGAAACAGAAGCAAAACGCGAAGCGGUUCCACCAAUCGCAACUCUCCCAGAAAACAAUCCAGACGUAAGGGACAGAGCAAGACUGGCGAGGAUGAAGAGUCCUUGAGCAAUAAACUAACAACGCCCGAACCACCGACCACUCCUGAUCCAGGAAGCGACUUCAAAUGCGAGGACGAAGGCUUCUUCCCGCAUCCACGAGAUUGCAAGAAGUAUUUCUGGUGCCUCGAUAGCGGCCCAAGUGGACUUGGCGUGGUUGCGCAUCAGUUUACCUGUCCCUCAGGUUUGGUCUUCAACAAAGCUGCGGACUCUUGCGAUUACCCGCGCAAUGUAAUUUGCCCUAAGACAUCGAAGACAUCGAUCGUUUCGACCACCAGAUCGCCCAUUACAGCCGCGACUAGUCGAACGACUUAUUUGCACAGCACCACAACCGCAAAGGCAGAAUCGGAGGAGGAAUACGACUCGGAGGAGGAUUACGACGAGGAUGAGAUCGAAGAGGACGAGGAAGAGGAAGUGAAAGAAGAACCAAAGACUACCACGACGGCAAAACCACUCGUGUAUAAAACACUCACUAGAAGUAGACCAACUACUACAAGCACAACUACUACAACGACAACUACAACGGUGAAACCAAGUGAACCGGAAAGAAUCAUCGAUGACGAAGAUGAAGAGGAUCCGAGAGUGAUCAAGGAAUUAAUUGAUCUUAUCAAGAAAGCUGGCGGAAUAGAACAGCUGGAGAAACAAUUGCUAUUUCAAGAAAGAAAUUCCGACCCUACAUCGGGCAGUGAAAGCGUCACGCCGGCUACUAUUAGUCGUAGUUUAUACGAGCGCGUGUUGAGUCGCCAGGCGAAUAGAAUCGGCAGUCAGCGACCCGUAUUAUCAUCCUCAGAAACUAGUUACGUGAACGGACCAGGAAGAUCGCAGUUCGAAGGCUUAGACGAUAUUCCUGAAGUAAAGAAUCUCAGGCAGAAGCCUCAAUAUGUCACCAUCGAGAGACCCAAAUCAGCCACAAAAGAAGAUGAAGACAUCGAUGAAGACGAAGAAGACGGCGACAACAUUGACGUAGCUACCUUCGAUGAGGAAAGUAUUAGCAGUCCAUUAGAAGAUAAUCUAUCUACGCAACGAGUGACGCCAAAUUAUGUGAAUAUUCGACGAGCGCGACCUUCCACUACAACGUCUAGAAUUGAAAACGAUGUGGAAGAAAAGGAGGUAGAAGUCGAAGAAGAAAGACCAACUCGCAGACGACGACCCUUCAUUUCUUCGAAACAACAAAAAAAUGAGGCAAACUCUGAAACAUCCAAAUUUUUCCGAAAUCGCGGUUCAAGUUUCAGGAACACAGAGAAGGAAGACGAUUCGAAAAGUGCGGAUGGAUCGGCAGAGAAAAAUGACGAUGCAUCGACGACAAAAUCUAGGUACAUCAGCAUACAAAGAUUCAGAAGCACCACCUCGAAGAUUUCCGAAGAUUCAUCCGGCGUAGCACCUACAUCGGAACUAAUCACCGAGACCACUACAUCAUCGAGACCAGAAGACUACCCAGAAGUGUCUAGUACAACAGCUAGAACGACCAUUUCGUCGUCCACGACGCCUACGACGCCUACCACUUCGACUUCCACCGAAGUCAUUACCGUGAUUAGCGUUGAACCGCCGGAAAACCCGUCUAGUGUCAGCCCGAAGACAGGCGCAAUCAAUCCCACGACGGAUUCGACAAAGCUGGAGGAGAAUACGGCAACGGAGAUCCUGUUGACAACGCUGCCAGCCGUCAGCAGCUCAAGUCAGCCAGCAACGACGACGACGACGACGACAACGUCGACGACGACGCCGACGACGACGACGCCGACGCCGACGACGACGACGUUAGCGAGCAGAUCGACGAUCGCCGCGGUAUCGCAGCCGCGACCGUUCGGCUUCACUAGACGAAGAUCCAGCUUGUCAGAUGCGACAACGACAACGACGACUCCGUCGAGCAGAUCCAAGGUGAGUAUAACGUCACGAAAUUCCACGCGCCCAUCCGGUCCAUUUCUGGGGCGAGUUCGAUUAAGGACAACACCGACCAACCGAGUUGCUAACGACGAGGAUCAGACGGACGCUCCGCGUACAGAAGCUUCCACGCCGAAGAGCAGAUCACGCAACAGAGGAUCCAGUAGAUACACCACGCCGACGUUGUCAUCGAAAUCGAGGACAGAAAAUGUUGCCGCGAGUUCCGGCUCGAUUUCCAGAUAUAGAGAAAGAGGCAGGACGACGACGACGACGACCUCGACGACCGUCAGCACGACCGUCAGCGGCAGCUCCAGAAAAAGAUACCGCAGACCCAGCAGAGUCAGCAGCACGGAAUCGAGCAGAACUAACGAAUUGGACGACAGUCCAAUAAUCAGGAUAACGCAAGGCGGUGCCAGGAGAAAUCUAUCGUUUCGAUCGCGGACCGAGAGCGAGGAAGAGAAUAACAACAAGGUAACAAAUAUCAGGGUCUUCAAAAGGCCGACUGUCAAUCGCGAAUUAUACGACAGAACAAAAUAUACGAAGAAGAAAGACAACGUGGAAGAGCCGCUGGGAGAAGUGGAUGAAUCGAGCCAGAAAGGAAUUGAAUCGACGUCAAAAGUUGCCGAAGCAAGUAUCGCCGGCGCGGAGAUCGAGAGAAGCGACUCGCUGAACAUCGUCGAUCAAGAGACUGUCACGAUCGAUUCCGUCGUUGAAUCGAACACACUUGAACCGAUAUACACGGCGAAAUCGAUCGCGGCGAUCGGUGCCACGACUGCCUUCAGCGGCAAGAUCGAUUACACGAGUGCUCGGCCGAAAGAUGCUGUCGCCACGACGACCGCUCACAUCGAGACUCAUGAAUUUAAUCCCGGCCUGGUGAUACUUGUCACCGAGCCCACCGAUGUCGAAGGAACGUCGGCUGCGCCGAGAAAAAGGAAAGUUCUCUUGAGACGGAGACCGGUAUCGUCGAGCACGGCCAAUGCUAUCGAAGAUGAAGAAAAAUCUCAAGUGACCCGCAGACGAAAGGUGACGAGACGCAAGCGUCCCGAGGACACUUUGUCCUCGACCAAAAUUAUUUUCGAGAAGGAAACGAGUCUUCUUCCAGAUUCGACGACUCCGAUAGGCGAAGAGUCGACGACUGAUCGGACAGAAUUCACGAAGGAGAUGGAAGAUUCGACUCUGGCUAUUACUGAAACCACCUUGUCCGGCGAUUACAAUCCCAACGGUUUCACGAAGGUCACUUUGGAGACUCCCGCGGCAGAAAGCACGACGAUCCCCGAAGAAGCGACUGAUUCCCUGAGCACUAUAUCGACGAUCAACACGUACGAUGAAGAAUUUCGCUCAACGAACGAAAUGGACACCGAAAGCGCCACGAUAGAGUCAACACUGGCGACAGCUACGAUUGAUAAUACCGAAAGCGACGCGUUUACGGAAGAAACAUCGAUACCGUCUACUGAGAAUUUAUCCACCCGCGAGCAAAUAACCACUGUAUCGCUCACGCCGGAACCGGAUUCCGCCGCAAAACCGAGCUUCGAAUCGAGAUACGCACGCAAGAAAUAUAUUCGCAAAAAUCCCGCGUCGUUUUCGGAGAACGCGACUAAUCGAUAUUCGUCGGCGUCGACGGAAAACAGCAGCCUCGAGGCUCUCUCAAGGCGCAGGAAUAAUUUGUUCAGUCGACGUCCGGUUUCUUCCACCACCGUUAACGCGCCGCGCGAUGAUGUUAAAUAUGAAGAGGAGGAACAAGAGGAAAAAGAGACAGGCGCAGCGGAUGGAUCUGACUUGGUUAAAGAAAUUGUGGAAGAUACGACUUUGAGUGACAAGCCGGCUUCGACAAACGAUUUUUCAGUCGACUCUGCGGAAUUCUGGAGACAUUACACCACAGCGUCGUCGAGAGCACAGAUAACCUAUCCUACAAUUCCUGACGACGAGAGUCCUGAAGACCGUGAAGUCACAAACCCAGACUUCGUAGAAGAUAAUACCUACCGAUCGACAUCGAUUGCCACUCGCAAGCCGGAAAUUCGGCCGCGAUACAAGGUACCCGUAAUUCUGAAGCGGCCUUUCGAUCCCGAAGAAGCUCUAUCGCCUAAACGACAUCCGUUGGACUCCGCGCCCGAAGAAUCCGAGAAAACUCCGGAAACGCGAGAAGCCCGACUGCGGCAGUCCGGCUUCCGACAGCCGCGCACGCGCUACAAGCUCCAAGAUCGCGACGGCGUCGGAACAAACGAGGAGACAACGCCGUCGGGUCCGGAAUCCACGAGUAUCUGGCAGCACUUCAGGACGCGCUUGUACUCGAGACGGCCGUCGACGACCAGCACGGAGGCGACGGUCACGGAGACUCUGAUACCGGCGAGGAAGUUCAAUUACGCGGCGGACGCUUUUCACCGGAAGCAGCAGUCGCUGAGAACGACGACGACGCCGAGGAGCAACGAUCCCCUCGACUCGCAGAAUCUGAUCGAUCCGUAUCACGCGCGCGUGACGAAGCCGUCGGUGACCAGACUGGUGACGUCGGUGACGGAGUCCGGCACGACGGAGCGACAGAAGAUCCUCAUCAAGACCAAGUACUCGUCGCUGACGUCGACCACGAGGAUACCCGCGGAUCAAUUUUCCCCGACGACCCCGCUGAACAGAAUAGACGACGACGAAUCCGUCAACGAGAUUCGCCGAGGUGUCGAGCGAUCGACGCUGCCGAUCGAGGGCGAAUUCAGCAAUGACGGUCGAUUCACCACGGAGUCUCACGAGUCCUCGACCAUCGAGAUCGAAUCGGUGUUCAGCAACUUAAUCGCCGGCAAGAGCGCGGCGAACGCGCUGCCUUGUUCUGAUUUUCAGGUCGCCGAUACGGAAGCUAUCAGGCUGCCGACUCUGAGGGAGCUGGUCGGCUAUCCGACGACUCACUACGACGAUCGUGUCGCCAUCACGACGCCGUCGUCCGUGCUUUUGCACUUGCUACGCGACGACGCGGACAACGACAUCAACCGGCAGAACGAGGAGGAGUCGUUUGGAGAAGCGAAUGAAUUUCAGGCUGUCGAAAAGGAGCUUGCUCAGCCGCCGCGGAAUAGAAUCGAGGAGAUCGGCGACACGUGGCUGCAGCAAGCUUCGAAGAACAAAGCAAGGUCUCGCGCUUUAAAAAGUACAGACGCCAUCCUCAAAGAACGCACUUCGGUGAUUGAUCCAGCACCGACGACAAUGCGAGGCAUUCCUCUCGCCAAUCUGACGUCGAGGCCGGAAACACGUGGGUUUUACAUCACCAAGAGCGAGAAUGAUGUUCCAACAUCGACAUCGGUGGAUGACAUUGCAUCGUCCUACUCAACGGCCAACGGUUCUGUCGAACAGCGGACGGAAACCACUCGAAUUUCCAACGUUUCUACGACCAACGAAAUUGUCACCGUAACUUACGACAACCAGAACGAGUCCAAUACUUCUAAACAUAAUGAUAUUAUUAGCGAGAAAGACGUCGAUACUCGCGGAGAGAAAUUUUCCUCCUCUAGUUAUUCGGCGAUUCCUUCGAAGGAUUCUAGCGCCGAGAAUCUUCCGGAUUACAAAGAAUUUGAAGUAAUCGCGAUUCCUCUCGGCAAACCUCCGUUGAAAACAGCAAAAUCGCGUAACUUCGAUUACAAUACGACGCCUCUUCCUUACGUCGUUUCCACGACAUCGCCGACGAGACGGAAAAUCGCUCACGCCGUAAACAGGUACAGGGAGGCCGCCACUCCGUCAUGGACGGGUAAGCGUAUAGUGUCUAGAAGACGAAGCAGGAUCGUUGUCUCGCCGAUCAAGAACGCUGUAAGACAAACUGAGAGCGGUUCUACUCGCGCCACGGCGAGCGCCUUCGAAAGCGCUUCCACAAUUCCUUUGACUUCCGUAAGGCGUAAAUUUCCCGCGACGAUACCUCCAAUCGUGUCAGAAUCCACGAUAUCUCCUGAUAUCUUCGACAGCGAUGAUAUCGUAAAUUUUGCGCACGCGAAAAUCGAUGGUGUAGAAAGUCGCACAACUGUAGCGCCGGCGAUAACUUCAACGAAUCCGAUAAUUACGACCCCCUCGAUGGCAAAAAUCACUUCAGCGACAAAUGAUCCUACCACUGUCAUCUCAACGAUCUCGGACGAUCUUACAACGAUCCGUGCAACUACAAAUUCAUCUGUGAUUACGAACACACCGUCGACUGCUGCUGUUGCAGAAACCCCUGCAGCUGCGACUGAAAGUACAUUCGCGACUACGAGCAAAAUUGAAACUAUUUCAGUAAUUGCGAAUUCUGAAAUCACGCCAACAAUUAUAGAUACAACCGUGAUUGCAAAUGACUCUGUAAUUACGUCGAAUAUUGGAGUUGAAACUACCUUCGCCACAAAUGCAAAUUAUUCGACUGAUUUUACGAAUACGCCGGUAAUUACGAAUGCCGACAUAGAAACGAUUGCAAGCGAUUCCGCAACUGAUGUUCCAACAGCUAUAAAUACAUACGCGAUUGCAAAUAACUCUGUUACAUCCGCGCCGACAAAUAUUGGAAUUGAAACUGCCUCCACAACUGUAAAUUAUUCAAGCGACAUUACAGGUAUAAAUAGAUCAGCAACUACAAGUGUCGAAGUGGAAACCACCGCAAUAGUAAAUUCCUUCGGAACUAGUUUUCCACUAAUUACAAAUACGAUCGCGACUGAUGCUGCAGUUAUGAGUACAGCUAUCAAAGCUAAAGUUGCUGCAACGGUUGCAAACUUCGCAGUCACAAUUCCAACAAAUACGGAGGCAAAUAAAAUUGAUCCUGUAAUUACGACCACACCUGCAGCUACCGAAAUCACUUCAACGGAUUAUUCGACAUUCACGAUUCCAGAGACGCGUGAAACAAUAAUUCCCGUUACUUUCCCAACGGUUUCUUCUGCUACGAAUACGCACACAACAACGAAUCGCAAUGAUCCCGCGGAUGCAGAUAUUACAACUAAAACUGUUUCAACGAUUGCUGACUCCACCGCGGUUACGAUGUCCGCAGAUUCAAACAUUUCUUCCACAGGCACAGACACAACUUCAACAAGUUCAAUUGCUCCGACCGAAUAUUCUACGACACAUUUCGCAAAUCAGAAUACUCUUGAUAUUAAUGAAAAUUCUGAAGUAACUUCUGUAGAAAUCACCGAAAAUCCUGCGACGUUUAAAACCUCUCCGAUAUUUAACUCCAUCACAAGUGCAAUUUCAAAGUCGCUUCCUAAUUCCGGAAUGUCGUUAGCUGCGACAACUGCAUUCUCAACUCAAGUGGACGAAAAUACUGUGACACCGAGUGCUGAGACAGCGACUGUAGUUUUAGAAGAUUCCACAGUUCUUUCGACGAUCUCUCCUAAAUCGAUCGCAACGAGCAGUAUAAUUCAAGCAACCACGAAAACUUACGAGCCGGAUUCUGCACAAGCGAUAAGCGAGAAUUCCAUAAAACCAGAAAUAAAAAUAACUUCUGAGGAAAUUGCUUCGAAGAACAUACAAAGUCGAAGACAAAAUCGAACGAGUUCUCAAUAUAAUACGGCUAAUCAUCAUUUCGGUCAAAAAAGGCGUCGCGUCGUAAAUCGAACGAACAACUGGCUCGGCGGAUCUGUAAUACAAGAAACGAACAAUCAAUAUCCUCGACAUCGAAUCACAACGUAUCACGAACGACCACGAAGACCUCCGAGCUAUGCUUCGUCUUCGAGGGUGGUUGAGCAAAAUCGCAGAAGAAUCACGCAGAAGAGAGGCAGAGUAAAUUCUGAAUCGAUUAGUAGCACCAGCAGACCCGAUGAGCAUACUGUCGAUGUUCCAAAUAUCACCGACGAUCGAGCGGAAAAUGUGGAAAAAAGAAUGAAAAUCUUGAAGAAAGUUGAAGAAAAAUUCGAAGAAAGAGAGAUUACAACUAUAGUCGCACAAGAGACAACAAUGUCUCCUCAAUCUGAUAUUUCUACUAAGUAUGAAACGCUUCAAGCUCAUGAGAAUGGAAAUAUUGGAAGCAGACGGAAAGUUGUACCGAAAAGAGUAAAAUCUCAGUCGCAAGAAAACUUUGCAACGGAAAAAAUUAGUGUCCACCCUGAUUCCACCACUACUGCUGAAAAUCUUUCAGACGAUUCUCAAAGUAACUUUCACACGAACGAGAGCUUUUUGGAAGGAAAGACGAAACGAAGAAUGAGAGUUGUAUUGAAAAGCGUUAGACCCAUCUCCGAAGAAAAGAAUUCAACUGACGAAGCAAAUGCAGAUUUGAAUAAAAAUCUUCGAGAUGAUUUUCACACGGACGAAACUCUUUCCGACAGAGAAAACACGAGGAGAAAAAUGGAAGUUGUUUUAAAGAAUGUCAGAGCAAAAUCUGAGAAAAAAAAUGCCACGAUUGAAGAAGCAAGUGCGAAUUCCGAUUCUAUCGACCUUCAAGACGAACUUUCAAAUAAUUCUACAGCGAGCACCAGUUUUCCCGUAGAACAAAAGGCAAAAAGAAGAAUGCGAGUUGUAUUGAAGACAGUGAAACCUAAAUCUGAAGAAGAAGAGACAGAGAUUGAAGAAACUCAUGAAAAGACACUUUCUGAUGAAAGUCUGAGAGGCACUGUUUCAAAUAAUCUUCGUAGGAGCGAAAACCUCCCCGUCGAAUAUAGAAGCAGAAGAAGAAUGAGAGUCGUAUUGAAAAGCGUGAAACCCAAAUCCGACGAGAGAAAUAUAAUAACUGAAAACGCGACUGCAAGUCCUAAUUCUAUCGAUAAGGAUCUCCGGGGCAAUUUUUCAAGCAAUCUUCGCGCGAACGAAAGUCUUUCCGACGAAGAAAAGGCGGGACGGAAAAUGGAGGAGGUUGCGUCAAAGAGCGUGAAACCCGAGGAAAGAGAUUCAAUAGCUGAAGAAACAAAUGCAGAACCUGACAUCGAAACGAAUCCUCAAGUGAUCUUCACGUCGAACUUUCCAAGCGAGCACGUGGGCGAUAGGGAAAAUACGCGUUCUAAGUCCGAAGAAAGAAAAGCGACGAUCGAGCAGCCGGAAGACACGGAGCUGCAAGCCACGGCGACGUCUGUUCAGACCGAAGAGGACACUGAUCGGCCUUCGCUCGAGGUAAAUUUCUCGAAUAACGGCGGCUCUAUUAAUCGCAAAUUGGACAGCGGAUACUUUAAUAGACGCAGAAAAUUAACGCAAUCGACGACGACUACCCCAUCAACCAACACUUUGCCGAACACGGUAACCAUUCAUCGAAGAGUCAGGCCAAUCGAUACCACUUUAUCACCUAGGAUUGAUUUCGGCGACGCGUUCGAGGAUUCUUACUCGUAUAUCAAACUGGCCCAGAAUGAUCAGAAGGCAGACGUGUUGGAUCAAAGCAUCCACGCUCAGGAAUUCGCGGUGACUUUAGCGGAUCCGUCUGAUACUGGUCGAACGGCAUUAGGAGACGCAUUGAGGCGCAAGAUAAGCACCACCAUAACACCUAGAACCGAUCCCACAACCAGUGUCACGAUCACGAGCUACAGCGCGGGCUUCAGGAGCCGCCAGAGACCGAGGACGAAAGAGAGGCCGACGGUAAACGCGACCACGAGACCCAGAAGACCGGCGGUGAUCGACUACGAUUAUUACGAGGACGAAGUACCGAUCAUCGUUGGCAAGUCCAACCUCAACACCAAGCUCUUUCUCACGAGUAAAGGCACGAUACGUUGCCUGGACCAGGGCAACUUCCCGCAUCCGUACUCGUGCAAGAAGUUCAUCACCUGCGCCCGCAUGGUAAACGGCCAGGUGAUCGGAACCGAGUAUACCUGCCCCAACAAACUGUCCUUCGAUCCGGUCGGCGGUAUUUGCAACUGGUCCGCCGGUCUCGGUUGCAAGGAUUGAUCGAGAUUCUAUCUUAACCACUCGACAGUCCAGGAUCAAAUGUAUAAGGAAGUUACCUUAGGUUGUAACAAUUAUUUUUAAAGUUUAACUUUCUUGAGUUGAUCUAUUUUUUCUUUCUAUGAUAAGAAUAUAAUUAGAAAAAAGCACGAAUUAAACUUGUCUUGGUUGAAUCAAAAUGUUGAUGCAAUCUUUAAUCUUUACCAUUUUUUUAAAUCUGAUUUGAGUAAUAAAAUACAAUAAUUUUCUAUUUAUUCCAUUAAUGCGUUUACAU